UGAUGCAUAGUUUAUAGACGAUUUUGCCCAAAUUGGAGCCUUGAUCGUUCCUCCCUGCUUCCCCGCACUCUAUAAAUCUCCUCUCACACCUUUCCUCCCUCAUCAGCUUCUCACACACACUACCAUCACCAUGGAAUUGGAAGAUCAGCAAGUAAGCAGAAGAUGGGAAGGGUAUGUGGAUUGGAGGAACAAGCCGGCUCUGAGAGGCCGUCAUGGUGGCAUGCUUGCCGCCUCCUUUGUUCUUGUGGUGGAGGUGAUGGAGAACCUGGCGUUUUUGGCAAAUGCAAGCAAUAUUGUUUUGUAUAUGACCAAGUUCAUGCACUUCUCGCUUUCCAAAUCCGCUACCAACGUCACCAAUUUCAUGGGAACGGCCUUCCUCCUCGCCCUCGUCGGAGGAUUCUUCUCCGACGCCUUCUUCACCACUUAUCACGUCUACCUCGUUAGCGCACUCAUCGAAUUCCUGGGACUGGUUGUGCUCACCAUACAAGCUCGAGUGCCGUCACUACAGCCAUGCGGCGGCGCCACCCCAUGUGAGGAAGUUACCGGGGCAAAAGCAGCAAUGUUCUUUGUUGGACUCUACCUAGUGGCACUUGGUGUUGGAGGGAUAAAAGGGUCAUUGCCAGCACAUGGGGCUGAGCAAUUUGAUGAGAGUACCCCAUCUGGGAGGAAGCAGAGAUCAACCUUCUUCAACUACUUUGUGUUCUGUUUAUCAUGUGGGGCCCUUGUGGCAGUUACUUUUGUAGUGUGGGUUGAGGACAACAAAGGUUGGAAAUGGGGGUUUGGAAUAUCUACCAUAACCAUUUUUCUGUCUAUCCCUGUCUUCUUGUCUGGUUCUCCUACUUAUAGGAACAAGAUCCCUCUUGGAAGUCCUCUUACUACCAUUUUGAAGGUUUUGAUUGCCGCCUCAGUUAGUAGCUGCAUCCUCAAGGAUUCAAGCAAUGCUAUUGUGAACAUGGCUUCAAGUCCUUCAAAUCCACUCCCAGGGAAUAACAUUGAACACGAAGAUGCUGCAAAAGCAAGCAACAAGGAAACUGAGGAUGAAGCCACAUCAAACACACUCAAAUUCCUCAACAGUGCAGCUCAGAACAAAGCAAUCCACUCAUCAAUCCAAUGCACAGUGCAGCAAGUAGAAGAUGUCAAAAUAGUACUCAAAAUGCUUCCAAUAUUUGCAUGCACCAUUAUGCUUAAUUGCUGCCUUGCUCAGCUAAACACAUUCUCCAUUGAGCAAGCUUCGACGAUGAACACAAAGCUUGGUUCCCUAAAUAUUCCUCCGGCAUCAUUACCGGUUUUCCCAGUGAUCUUUAUCAUGAUCCUAGCACCAAUUUAUGACCACAUAAUAAUCCCAUUUGCAAGGAAAGCUACCAAGACAGAGAUGGGAGUAACACACCUCCAAAGAGUAGGAAUUGGAUUAGUACUCUCCAUAAUUGCAAUGGCAGUGGCAGCAAUUGUUGAAGUGAAAAGGAAAAAUGUGGCAACAAAUUCAGGCCUAACAGAUGAUGCAACAAAGCGAUUACCAAUAACAUUCUUUUGGAUUGCAUUUCAGUACUUAUUCCUUGGUUCUGCAGAUCUUUUCACCUUGGCGGGUUUAUUGGAAUUCUUCUUCACAGAAGCACCAAUUAAGAUGAGAUCAUUGGCCACAUCACUAUCUUGGGCAUCUUUGGCUAUGGGGUACUACUUGAGUUCAGUGAUCGUUUCAAUAGUUAAUGGUAUCACUGGUAGCUCAUCACAUAAACCAUGGCUUUCUGGGGCAAACCUUAAUCACUAUCAUCUAGAGAGGUUCUAUUGGCUUAUGUGUGUGCUGAGUGGGUUGAACUUCCUUCAUUUCCUGUUUUGGGCUAUUAAGUACAAGUACAGAGGGAGAGGGAUUUCUAGUGAAUGAAAAAUAACAAAUGGGGACUUUUCACAAAUGGUUAAUGUGCAUUUUUCAAUGCCAUGAAUCAAAGUGAAAACUGUGAAGCCAUUCUAGGCUGUAAUUGUAUAUACAAGUAAUAUAUCUUAAAAUAUAAUAGAGGGGAGAGGAAUGAGGAAAGGAAUCAAAUGGAUGUAUUACAUCACGUAAUGUAAUCAACAUGUCCCUUGAAUUAUGAAUAGUGCGAGAGCAAAUGAUUCA